CAUAUCUGUGCAAAGCUUUGCUUCGCAGUUGGCAACACGUGUAUGAGAACCGGAAGUUUUCUGGGGGAUAGGGCCUUUCGGCUGGAGGCUGAAGUACUAGGGAGACCAUGAAGCUGAACAAGUUGGUGUCGUCGUCGCGUAGGAAGAAUCGUAAGAGGCACUUUACAGCACCAUCGCAUAUCAGAAGACGUUUGAUGUCUGCGCCCUUAUCGAAAGAGCUUCGACAAAAGUACAAUGUUCGUACGAUGCCAAUUCGUAAAGACGAUGAAGUACAGGUAGUGAGAGGCCAUUACAAAGGACAACAGGUGGGAAAAGUUGUCCAAGUUUAUAGGAAAAAGUUUGUAAUUUAUAUUGAAAGGAUUCAGAGAGAGAAGGCUAAUGGUGCCAGUGUCUAUGUAGGAAUCCAUCCAUCAAAGACAGUAAUUGUGAAACUAAAGAUGGAUAAGGACCGAAAGAAGAUAAUAGACAGGAGAUCGAAGGGCAGGUUGGCUGCUCUUGGGAAAGAGAAGGGAAAGUAUACUGAAGAAAGUGCUGCAGCAACUGCAAUGGAAACAUCUUGAAGAGAACUGUAAUUGUGAUCGUUAAUAAUAAAAAUUUCCAAAGAA